AUGAGUGUUUCCAAGGUCUGGCUACUGGUUCCGACCGGCCGACCAGGUCAGCUGUGGCAAAGUCGUGUUGCGGGAGAACCGCCACCGCUCACGGACGCACACGUCCACGAGACGCUACGGAGCCUAGAGGCGCAGGGCUUUCGCCUACUCGUUCAAGUGCGUUUACCUGCACGCCUAUGCAAAACCACGUGCGAGCGAGAUAAUGAAGGCACUACUGACCGAAUGUUUCUCAUUUUUGUGGGAAAAUCAGGGGAAAGCUUGCUGCGUGGCCAGUCCUUAACGACUGCGAACUUGGAGUGGCGUUGCGUAUUCAGCACGAUGGACGCCACCGAUGAGCAAAAGGGAGAACUUGGACAGCAGAACUCUCGUCCGCAUGGAAAGCCUGGCCUGCUCGCCAACUUUUGGAGCGCGCUUGAAGAUCGUGCCGAGUCGGCUGCAGCUACGGCGCUUGGAGAGCAGUUGACCCUGGGCUCAGAGGAGCCUGGCGACGAUGCCCACCAGCGGCAAACCACUCGACCACCACGUAGUUCAGUUCAAAGUAGCCUUGAGCUAGAGUGGACUCAGGAACCCAUGGAUGACUCUGCCGAGGAUCUACUGACAUCGGACUCAGAAGACGAGGACGCGGUUGUCAAUGAAGCGCGACUGCGUCUCGAACGCUGUUCCCAGCAAUGCGUGCGUUUCGGUGACCCGAUGCCGCUUUUACUCUCCGAGCGUCGGAAUCGCCAGGCGUCGCCGCGGGAGCAGCGAUACUGUAAGCAAUGCGGAGGUAUGCUCAAAUUUGUAUUGCAAUUUUUCGUGCAAAAGUGUCUUUUUCUAUGUGAGCGACUUGCAUUUGCGAACGCUGGACUCGAUUUCCCAAAAGAGGUAUUCAGCACCGACAUUGAGUCCGCCGACGUCUUCCACUGCGAGGCCGGAUGCGGUGCCGCUGAGCUCGAUCUGCAGUGA